CGCUUUCAACCUCUUCAACUGCCUAUAUAGCACACUUUCAUUGUUUAAGUAAUACGUACAGGGAGUAUAUAUACAUUGAUUUCAGAAUUUUUUUCGUUGAGCUCAUCUAUCUAUCUUUUAUAACGACUUCUACGCGUUUGCUUCGUCUCUAAGAUGGGGAAUCUAUUAUGCUGUGUCCAAGUUGAUCAAUCCACUGUAGCGAUUAAGGAACGGUUUGGCAAGUAUGAGGACGUGCUAGAGCCAGGAUGCCACUGGGUGCCUUGGUUUCUUGGAAGCCAGCUUGCCGGUCAUCUCUCACUCCGUGUGCAGCAAUUGGAUGUCCGCUGUGAGACCAAGUCAAAGGAUAAUGUGUUUGUGAAUGUAGUAGCAUCAAUCCAGUACCGAGCCCUUUCUGGAAAGGCAAAUGAUGCUUUUUACAAAUUGACCAACACUAAGGGUCAAAUUCAGGCAUAUGUUUUCGAUGUAAUCAGAGCCAGUGUUCCCAAGCUCAAUCUUGAUGAUGUUUUUGAGCAAAAAAAUGAUAUUGCCAAGGCUGUUGAAGAUGAGCUUGAGAAGGCCAUGUCUGCUUAUGGCUAUGAGAUUGUUCAGACACUGAUUGUUGAUAUAGAACCAGAUGAGCAUGUUAAGAGAGCUAUGAAUGAGAUCAAUGCUGCUGCUAGGCUACGGCUUGCUGCUAAUGAGAAAGCAGAGGCCGAAAAGAUUUUGCAAAUUAAGAGGGCGGAGGGUGAGGCUGAGGCCAAGUACCUUGCAGGGCUAGGUAUUGCACGCCAACGACAAGCCAUAGUUGAUGGGCUUAGAGACAGUGUAAUUGGGUUCUCUGUCAAUGUUCCGGGAACCACAGCCAAAGAUGUAAUGGACAUGGUUCUAGUUACCCAGUACUUUGACACGAUGAAGGAAAUCGGUGCUUCCAACAAAUCAUCCACUGUCUUCAUCCCUCAUGGUCCUGGAGCUGUUCGCGACGUGGCUAGUCAGAUCCGCGAUGGGCUUCUCCAGGCUUCCCACUCCGAGCACCAUCAUUAACUGUAGAGUAAAUAAUACUCAACUUACCUGACUAUUGUUAAUACACCCCCGAUCUUUUAUUAUGUCCCAGUUCUUAUUUUACUAGUGUGAACACAUUAUUGAAAGUUUGAUCUUGUCAAGAUUGCUGAAUGUUUAUACACUGGACUAUGUUAUUGCCUUGUACUCGGCAUAUAUUAUUUUGUGAUUUGUUCAUAGCCUUUUUAAACUUGCCCUUUGAUUGCUUGAUAUCAAAUUGUCAAAAAGUGUGUUGCUAA